ACGAAGACCCUGCAAAAAGCUUUUCCUGCAUUAUUUUCGUCGAAGCUAGGGCGAUGUACGAAAGGUUGUGUGAAGUUGAUGCUGAAAGAAGGAGUGACACCAGUGUUCAGACCCAAGCGACCAGUAGCGUAUGCGAUGUUGCAAGCAGUCGACGAUGAGCUUCUGAGGCUGGAAAAUGAUGGCAUUAUUACACGAGUGGAAUAUUCGGAUUGGGCAGCACCUAUUGUAGUGGUACGCAAGGCGAAUGGAACCAUCAGGAUCUGCGGAGAUUAUUCAACGGGUUUGAAUAAUGCUCUAAUGGCGCACCAGUACCCACUGCCAUUACCCGAGGAAAUUUUUGCCAACUUGAGUAAUUGUGUUGUGUUUAGUCAGAUUGACCUCUCUGAUGCAUUUUUGCAGGUAGAGGUAGAUGAAAAUCAUCGCGGACUUUUAACGGUCAACACGCAUCGAGGUUUAUUCCGAUAUAACCGUUUACCACCCGGAGUCAAGGCAGCGCCGGGAGCGUUCCAGCAGUUAAUCGACACAAUGUUAGCUGGCUUGGAUGGUGUCGCAGCAUAUAUGGACGACAUCGUAGUUGGAGGCAAGGACAUGGCAACCCAUAAUGGCAACCUGCGAGCGGUUUUGGAGAAGCUGCAAGAGUAUGGAUUUACCAUACGCGCAAUAUAUCCGCUAAUGCAACCGUCACUAUGUUGA